GGUUAGGGGAGAUUAGCGUGGCGGUUUAAAGGCCGGAGCGACGCGGGGAACGGGUGCCAGGCGCGCCGGAGAGGAAGCGGCGGCCGCCGCCGCCGAGCAGCGGAGCAGCCCGAACGGCACCUGUUGACGAUGCCAGCCAUCAACAUCGAGGACCUGAGCGAGAAGGACAAACUGAAAAUGGAAGUGGAGCAGCUCCGGAAAGAAGUCAAGCUGGAGAGGCAGCCGGUCUUUGCUCCCAUUCAAGACGCAUGGUUGCUAUUACAGAACCGCAAGGUGUCCAAGUGCUCCGAAGAGAUCAAGAACUACAUCGAGGAGCGGUCGGGCGAGGACCCGCUGGUGAAGGGGGUUCCCGAGGACAAGAACCCCUUUAAGGAGAAGGGAGGCUGUGUCAUCGCUUAGGAAAACGAACGCAGCGCCUGCCACCGGAGCAGACACUCUCGUUGUACCUGUAGGGAGUCACUAGCGUGUCCCCACCGCCACCGGUCCUUGUUGAACGAGCACAGGAGCGGAUUUCAUUUUUUUUUUUUUUUUCCCUUACAAAAAUAAAGAAACCAACCCGAAAGCAGCCGCGACCCGCGUCGGUCGCUCGGCAGGGACGGCUGUCCCCCGCUCCCCGGCGUGGCCGUCCCUCCUCCCGCGGCGGGGACGGCUCCUUUCGCUUCGCGGCGCCCGCUUUCGCCACCCGUUUAUCGGUUGCUUCAUGGCUGUUCGUUGGCAUUAAAGGAAACCUGCCUGUAA